AUGGAUCCUUGGAACGAUAUCGGUUCAUCUACCACCUCGAAGCGGGCUGCUGUCCCUGUGAAACCUGUUCCAGACAGCUGGGACGACGAUGAGGAUGAAGACGACAAUCAGAAGAUAUGGGAGGACGCGAAUUCCCAUGCCCCCAUGCCUCAGCUGAUCAUCACGAAUACGAGCACAAGUGCGGCAUCUUUGCCGCCUCCAGCUGCCGCAAUACAGCCUGCGAUGCGUAUUUUGAAACGUUCCCCGACAGCCACGCCUCAGCCUACACCCUUGCCUAACUCGACUUCGCACAAAACUUUGGCCGAGCGCGAAGCGCAAUAUCAGGCUGCAAGGCAACGCAUAUUUGCCAAUAGCCACGCAGAACCGAUCGCCCCUUCGAUUUCCAAGUUGGCGGAGGGCAAGGUCGCCUCUACGCCGAUGAUUCUGCGAGAUCCUCGAGGUCCGGAGUUCGGCGACGGAAAACUAGAGGGGUUUUCUAAGAGGACUAUCACGAAACCAGACAGUAACACACACACUCGCGGACAAUCGUGACAUACGGCCUAUCAGUGUACUCUCUUGAUUUGAAUCGGCGGUCUUGCUGUUAUAUAUUGGACCAUAUCUCC